AGGAUUUUGCACAACGGCUCAAAUUCCACCUUCGCAGGCGAAUUCUCAACAGGGAGCAUGGCGGCUAUAACUAGUUCACUGACGAACAACAAGAUCAUGAUCGUCAAUCUCAGGGCGACUAUCAUCGAAAUCACUCAUAGCCGCGAAUCAUCCCUCAAGAAAAUCGUCGAGCUUGAAACCCAAAUGACCACACUCAGGCUCUCCGGAUCCCGCGAGCAGGCCUUUGAUCACCAACUUCUCAUUCGAGCUGAAGAGACCUUGACGACGGUGAGAUUGCAGGCCGAUAGUCUCCUCGGUUCCUCGCGGACCGCGGUUCGUGCCAUGAAUGCUGCUUUCUCUGCGGUUGAGAUUGUUGAAGAGGAUAGUACCGUUCCUGAAGAAGCCUAA